GCCCUGGCGGGUUGGGCACCCUGUUUCCCGCGGUUCAAAAUUACAGCUCGCGACCGUGUGCAUGUGGGAGGAGUGUUUCUUAAAGCGCCAGCCUCCGCGCGUCCUUUUGUUCCGCGACCGCAGGGCGGGGUGGCUUCAACUUUCACCGUCUUGUCGAUCUUCCAGAACGGCCAUGAUUUCCCAGUUCUUCAUUCUGUCUUCCAAGGGAGACCCGCUCAUCUACAAAGACUUCCGCGGGGACAGUGGUGGUCGAGACAUGGCUGAACUCUUCUACCGGAAGCUGACGGGACUGCCUGGAGGCGAGUCCCCGGUUGUCAUGGUAACUGCUUGUGGCGGGCAAUAUCAUGAUGGCCGUCAUUUCAUUCACGUCAGACACAGUGGUCUCUAUUUGGUGGCCACAACCUCAGAAAACGUCUCUCCUUUCAGCCUCCUGGAGCUGCUUUCCCGGUUGGCCACUCUCUUGAGUGACUACUGUGGCUCACUCAGUGAGGGAACCAUCUCCCGUAACGUGGCUCUUGUCUACGAACUCCUGGAUGAAGUGCUGGACUAUGGCUAUGUGCAGACUACAUCCACAGAGAUGCUGAGGAACUUCAUCCAAACUGAAGCCGUGGUCAGCAAGCCCUUCAGCCUCUUUGACCUCAGCAGUGUGGGACUGUUUGGGGCAGAGACACAACAGAACAGAGUGGCUCCAAGCAGUGCAGCUAGCCGCCCUGUCUUGUCCAGCCGUUCGGACCAGAGCCAAAAGAAUGAAGUGUUCUUAGACGUGGUGGAGAGGCUGUCUGUGCUCAUUGCAUCUAAUGGCUCAUUGUUGAAGGUGGAUGUCCAAGGAGAAAUACGGCUCAAGAGCUUUCUUCCCAGUGGCUCUGAGAUUUGCAUCGGCUUGACGGAGGAGUUUUGUGUGGGAAAGUCAGAACUGAGAGGUUAUGGGCCCGGGGUUCGAGUUGAUGAGGUGUCAUUCCAUAGCUCUGUCAACCUAGAUGAGUUUGAGGCUCAUCGGAUCCUCCGCCUGCAGCCACCUCAGGGCGAGCUGACUGUGAUGAGAUACCAACUGUCUGACGACCUUCCCUCACCGCUCCCCUUUCGGCUCUUUCCCUCGGUACAAUGGGACCGAGGCUCGGGCCGGCUCCAGGUUUACCUGAAAUUACGGUGUGACUUGCCCCCAAAGAGCCAAGCUCUCAACAUUCAUCUGCACCUUCCCCUGCCUCGAGGGGUAGUCAGCCUGUCUCAGGAAUUGAGCAGCCCAGAUCAGAAGGCAGAGCUGGCAGAAGGAGCCCUCCACUGGGACCUGCCCCGGGUACAAGGAGGCUCUCAACUCUCUGGCCUCUUUCAGAUGGAUGUCCCUGGCUUGCAGGGGCCUCCCAGCCAAGGGCCCUCCCCCUCAGCGCCCCCCUUGGGGCUGGGUCCUGCCAGCCUUUCCUUUGAACUCCCUCGGCACACGUGCUCUGGCCUCCAGGUUCGAUUCCUCAGACUGUCCUUUAGCACCUGUGGUAGUGCCAACCCUCACAAGUGGGUGCGACAUCUGAGCCACAGCAAUGCCUAUGUAAUUCGGAUUUGAAGCUCCCCAAACAAGGAUAUGAACAGCAAACUUGGCACAGCUGGAUGCGGGAAGAGGACAUUUUCUUUCUUGUGACUUUGGAUCUGGACAGGAAGAGACCCAAGACCAGGAAGAGUUCAUGGACUUGCCCCUUCUGUUGUUAUGUGGCACAUGGAGGCUCACAAACUUACAAAUCCAACUUUUAUUCUGAGGAACGUACUGUA